GGGGGAUGCCGACCGUUCCCGCAGAAUGAUUACUGAGUGAGUUUCCAGUGAGACUUCUAUCACAUCGCAAUUUUAACGAACUCAUUACAUAGCAUGGUUGACGUCGCCCGCUGCCUCGGUGGCUUCCUCUCUGGAGCUGAGCCGAAGUACCUCCCAGCCGGCUCAGCCCUCCACAUUUGCGGCACCUAUCGGACUGAAAAGUCUAAGGAAGAUAGCGUCGUGGACUCAGUCAGCCGUGUCUGGGGCCAGGACAAUCUUGUGCUUGGUGGAUGCGGUGUAAUUCCGACGCAGAAUGUCUGCAACCCAACGCUCACUGCUGGUUGCUUCGCGCUGGCCGCUGCCGAGCAAAUCGUCAAGGAUGUAAAGGGAUUCAAGGCCAUCAAGCCCCACACCGUCUAG